AUGUUGAAUAUGGAAGAAGCUUUGAAACUUGAACAUGAGAGGGAUUCAAUGGUAAAUGCAGCAAAUGCAGUAUUAGAAAAUGCAAGGAGCUACUAUGAUUGUAAGUCUACGAGUGUGAGCGAGUCUAAUAGGAAGAGAAUGAACAUGUGGGAGAAGAAGAGAGGGUUAGGUCAUUAG